AAGAAAAUCAAGGAAGAAGAAAGAACAACAACAAAAUCCGAAGCGAACGCGAUGAUUCGGAAUCAUUGAAAUGGAAUAGCCACUUCUCCACUACAUUUCUCCGUAGAGAUCUGAUCUGAGAGUGAGCGUUACGGUUGCUGUUCUGGAUAUGGAGGAGAAAUUGGUGCAACGCCUUGAAUUCGCUGUGUCUCGGCUCGAGGCAUUGUCGGUAGGGUUCACCACUGGCGGUGGCGGCGUCUCCUCGAGAAGUGUUGACAAUGCGGCGUCGGACCCUUCGAUUUUGGCUUUCCAGGAUCUGAUGAGGAAUUACGUUCAGAAGGUUUCGGAUGCUGCGGAGAAGAUUGGAGGUCAGGUCCUGGAGGCCUCGAGGAUUGUGGAAGAAGCUUUUUCCGUUCAGAAGGAGCUUCUUGUCAAGAUCAAGCAAACGCAGAAACCUGAUAUGGCGGGGUUGGCUGAAUUUCUCAAGCCGUUGAACGAAGUGAUUCUGAAGGCAAACACAUUGACUGCRGGGAGAAGAUCUGAGUUUUUUAACCAUUUGAAGACUAUUGCUGAUGCUCUCUCAGCCCUAGCCUGGAUUGCAUAUACGGGCAAAGGGUGUGGUAUGAGCAUGCCCAUAGCUCAUGUAGAGGAAAGCUGGCAAACGGCUGAGUUUUACGGCAACAAGAUUCUUGUGGAGUUCAAAAACAAAGAUCAAAACCAUGUUGAGUGGGCCAAGGCUGUGAAGGAACUAUUCUCUCAAGGUUUGAGGGAUUAUAUUAAAAAUUUUUAUCCUUUGGGACCAGUUUGGAACCCUGCUUGCAAAAGAACUCCAGAUACUUCAACGAAAUCUUCUGCCCCAAGUGCUCCCGCUCCCCCACCUCCCUCAGCUCCCCUCUUUAGCACUGAUUCUUCUCAAGCAUCACCACGACCAAAAGAAGGGAUGGCUGCUGUGUUUCAGGAAAUUAGCUCAGGGAAAUCUGUAACUCAAGGCUUGAGGAAAGUUACUGAUGAUAUGAAGACGAAAAACCGUGCCGAGAGAACUGGCAUUGUCAAUGCCACUGAAAUAAGUCAUAGAAAUUUGCGUUCUCCAUCGAAGUCAGUUGCUGCUCCCAAACCCAAAUUCGAGCUUCAAAUGGGUCGGAAGUGGGCCGUUGAGAACCAAAUUGGAAAAAAGGACUUGGUUAUAUCAGACUGUGAUGCAAAACAGUCGGUGUACAUUUUUGGAUGUAAAGAUUCUGUUUUGCAGGUUCAAGGAAAGGUCAAUAACAUAACAGUUGACAAAUGCACUAAGACCGGGGUUGUAUUCACUGAUGUUGUGGCUGCAUGUGAGGUUGUAAACUGCAACGGCAUUGAGAUUCAAUGUCAGGGAUCGGCCCCAACUAUUUCGGUGGAUAAUACGGCUGGCUGUCAAUUGUAUUUAAGCAACAAUUCUCUGAAGUCAUCUAUAACGACUGCCAAAUCAAGUGAAACCAAUGUUUUGGUGCGAGGAAAUGAUCCAGAUGGUGAUUGGGUGGAGCAUGCGUUACCCCAGCAGUACAUUCACAUAGUAAAGGAUGGUCAUAUUGAAACAACUCCAGUUUCUCACUCUGGUGCCUAAUUUAGUUUGACUUCUGGUGAUCAACACAUAUCUGAGCCAUUAAUUUUUGCUUCAUAAUCAUUAUUUAAUUUUUUAUACAGUUGAUUGAGAUGGCAAUGGCAUUUCUUUCAAUUUCUUCUUUUGACACUUGAUUGUGACUUCUAGAUAUCUUCUACCUUUCUUUUAUAAAAUAUUUCUGCUGCAGUUUGACAA